AUGGAUGAAUCCUCAGAAGAACUGAAUUUAGGCGAAUUCAACAUCAUCGAUAACAUCAUUGGAUCGGCUGUGGAUGAUUUGUUGUUGAAGGAUAACACCAAUGUACACCCUUACGACUACAAUGCACUUGAAAGCCUACUCCUACCUCUAUGUCGUUUCUGUGCCCGAGAAAAUGCCCAAAUGGUACACAUAUCGGAUGUUCACCUGCAGAUAAUAAACGAUUUGCGAAUACCGGAAACACACGGGACAAACGUAUGUACCAACAUCUGUGGCAGUUGCAAUGGUUUCCUGGAGGAAUUUUGCAAGUUCCGCUCCGUGUGUGAAGAAGGACAAAAACGCAUUGCAACGCUGGUGGCGGAACGGCACAGUGUGUCAAAUUUUGUCGAUUUCAAGUUGGAUUUUACAGUUGCGAGAAAAGACUUGCUACCACCAACUAUGCUGGAUGUAUCAACUACUCCAAAAAUGCUGAAUUUCAUACAAACUCCCGAACAAGGGUUGAUGGAAUUGGUUGUGGAUAACGCAGGUUUAGACCAUGUGGUGUGUGAACGUUCCGAUUACACAGAAAGUAUUUUAAUUCUAGCACCAAUUGCUCCUGUAGUACAACCACAAAUCAGUCCUCAACGAGUAGAGGCAACGCCUGUGAUGGAACAGAAGAUUUUGUUUGAUGCAUGUCAACCAGAUGCCAGCCAAAACGAGGCGCUUUCUUUGGAAGAAUGCAAUUUUAGUCCGCAACACGAACAGCAAAACUUCGUAGAAAAUAUCGAAAACUCCAACGAUGUUCUAGAACCGGCGUCGAACGAAUCGGCAGUGAGUAACUCGAAGAAACCGGAAGCCCGUAGACGCGUUGUAGAUGGAUGCCUGCAAUGGGUGUGUCUAGACUGCGAGAAGGUGUUUGGAAGUUGUUUUCAACUAAAGAAACAUCGACGAAACUGUGAGUUGGUGGGAAGCAAAACAUCAAAGCGGAUCGCAACAUUAGUCUGUGAUAUUUGCGGGGAAACAAUGUCCACCGAAUCGGCUCUUACCAUGCACAGGCGUAAACACGAAGUAAAACCAAAUGGUCCAACUGCAAAGUCGGUUUCGGGCUCAAAGCUGGAACUUACCGUGUGUCACGUAUGCGGACACACUAGCAAAUCGAGGCGAGCGUUACGAUUACAUCUAAUCACCCACAGCAGCGAUAAAAAUGUGGAGUGUCCGAUCUGUAGUAAACGGUUCAAGCGCCAACGAGAUUUGCGCAACCAUUUGGACGUACAUUCCGGAAAGAAGUAUGAAUGUAAUGCAUGUGGUAAGAAUUUUUUAACGAAAGUUACGCUACGCAACCACGCUAGAAAACAUCGUGACAGCUACCUGAAACACGAAUGUACCGUAUGCACCCGGCAGUUUGUUCAUCCGUAUCAGCUACAGAAGCACAUGCUAAUCCAUACGAGCGCGUAUCCUUAUGUGUGCGAAAUUUGCAAAGCAGUGUUUCGCACAUUAGGACGUUUCAAGCGCCAUGUACAGAAAGGCCACGCAUUACCGACUAGCAAAAUGAAUAUUAUUGAACAGACCGUAACAGAGCUUAACAGUUGGGACGAUCUGAUCGAGUACCAACCGGAGGUAGUUCCGUGUGAGUUGUUGGAUGAAACUGUUUCGGAAGAAAUAUCAAUAAGGACCGAUCCUGUCUGCGAUACAUUGCCGGUGAUUUUUGAUGAUUUAACUUCGGAAUCAAUGCUCGAUCAAGCUUCACCACAUUUUGCGGUGGAAUGUUUCCCCGAGGACAGCCAACCGGAUGAUGAUGGGUUUUACUACUGUUACGGAUCAACGUUUCUCGGCACAUCUGUCUCGGUACCUAAUCGAUGA